AUGGCCACGACCUCUGCUCUUUCACCAGCUCCACUGAACCGAAACGACUCCGACAUCUCUCCUGGAACGAUUUACCCGCCAAAGGACUCAACUCCAGAUAAAGUAAAGCCCGACUACUUCCCAGACUCAAACACAGUAGAUGGAUCCAAUACUAGUGUGAGGGCCAGCGACGGUGAUGAUUCAUCUGCCCGCAAGUCAAGCAUCUCCUUCGCACCUGAUCCACGAACAGACCGAAGCUCAAGCCGUGAGAGCAACCAAAAUCAACAAUCAGCACAAGAAUGUAUGAUUCAGAGGAAGUCAUCCACCGGAUCUGUUUCCUUUCGUCGCAUGACGAAUCCCCAAUUGCCACAAGGAAAUCCACAGCAAAUGAGUGGUACUCGCAUACGUGCAAGUUCUCCUGCUCACCCAAGGUUCCAGAAACAUGUCGCGUUUGACAAUGUUCCAACCGGCGAACCGACCAAGAACAACGCAAUCUCGUUCACGCUCAAUGUUCGACAUAAGGGAUACCAAGCUAGGCGCAGGUCGCGAUGCUUUAUGGUCGGAGUCGACGAGCAUGCCUACUCCGAUUAUGCGUUGCAGUGGCUGCUUGAGGAACUUGUCGAUGACGGAGACGAAGUUGUGUGUGUGCGUGUGGUCGAGAAGGAACUGCGCUAUACGGAUAAGCAGUAUCGAGAUGAUGCGCAGGCGGUUAUGCGGGGUAUACUCGACCGAAAUGGCAAUAACAGGGCCAUCAAUAUCGUUCUUGAAUACGCCGUUGGCAAGUUGCACACGACCUUCCAAGUACUGAUUCAAAUGUACCAACCAGCAAUGCUGAUUGUGGGAACUAGAGGACGCACCCUCGGUGGUCUACAAGGUUUGGUCAACACGCGAAACUCGUUUUCUAAGUACUGCCUCCAAUAUUCACCCGUUCCCGUGAUCGUGGUUCGGCCUACAGAAAAACGCAUUAAGAAGAAGGCCAAGCGGGCCAACGACUCUGCGCGACAGACAUACGUGAGCAUGCUGGCUGCCACCGCUGGGAAGCACGAGGCCGACAGCGAGGCAAGUAGCACUUACGAGCUCGAGGUUCACAACUCUCCCGACGAAGAAGCUCACCAGGUCGCACGUGCACUGGGCCUCCCUGCAUCCUUUGACCCUACGAUCAAGCCCCUCAACCACAACUUAGGGAAGGCCAGGACUACCACCCUUGCAAGCAGUAGCACUAUCCAUGAAAAUCCGGAGAACCAGCGGGUCGUUGGGGAUGAUGCUAGUGCAGGCACUGAAAGCGACGAUGACGACGAUGAUGAUUCUGGAGAAUUUGAAGUUGUCAAUGGGCAGCAAGCUCUGGAUCAGCAGAAGAUAGAACAGCUCCAUAAGAUGGAAGUUGGCGAAGCAGCAGCAUUGAAGAUGAAGAUGGACGACGAACUCGAGGAUGAUGAUGAUACCCCGUCAGCCCAGAAAGCAUAA